GCUGUCGUCAUUAAAUCGCGCAAGAGGCUACUCAUGCUUAGUAGAGGGAUGUAAGCGACAUAUUUUAUAAACGAUAUAUACAUUUGCUUCAUUCGAGCCGCAAAUAUGCGCGAAACUCCUUUAUCAAACUGCGAGAGAGACUUUCUUCUUAAAUCUAUCGAGGCAAAAAAGCGCUUGGAUGGAAGGCAAACCUACGACUACCGCAAUAUAAAAAUCACAUUUGGGACAGACUACGGCUGCUGUACGGUCUGUCUGGGGAAAACGAGAGUGUUGGCUCAGGUGUCAUGUGAGUUGGUCCCUCCAAAAGAUGCACGUCCCACCGAGGGCCUCAUGUUUUUUAACUUGGAGCUUUCUCCAAUGGCGUCGCCCGGCUUUCAGUCCAACAGGCAGUCGGAGUUGUUAGUGACACUGAACAGGCAGCUGGAGAGAUGUCUCAGGAACUCCAGAUGCAUCGACACGGAGUCUCUGUGCGUCAUCUCAGGAGAAAAGGUGUGGCAGAUUCGAGUGGACGUUCACGUUCUGAACCACGACGGGAAUUUGAUGGACGCAGCGAGCGUUGCGGCCAUAUCGGCCCUGAGUCACUUCAAAAGGCCAGAGGUCGCCAUCCAGGGCCGAGACGUCACUGUGUUCAGUCCGGAAGAGCGGGAUCCAGUUCCGCUGAGCGUUUACCACAUGCCCAUUUGUGUGAGCUUCGCGUUCUUCCAGCAGGGCACGUAUCUGCUGGUGGAUCCGUGUGAGAAAGAGGAGCAGGUCAUGGACGGUCUGUUGGUCAUAGCCAUGAACAAACACAGAGAGAUCUGCUUCAUUCAGUCCAGCGGAGGCAUCAUGCUACUCAAAGACCAGGUUCUGAGGUGCAGCAAAAUAGCCAGUGUGAAAGUGUCAGAAAUCACUGAGCUCAUCUCUAAAGCCUUGGAAAAUGACAAACGAGUCAGGAAAGAAGGCGGGAAGUUCGGCUUCGCGGAGUCCGUAGCUAAGGAGCGAAUCACGGUCCUGACGAGAGAGGAAGCUCCGCUGGAGAUGACGGACGUCCAGGCGACGGCUGAUGAAAUCAUCAGCAAAGCGGACGCUCCUCCUGAAGUUGUGCCCUCCCCUGUCAUUGUUGCCACGGGAACUGGGCAAGUGGGGGAGGGGCUACAGAGCACUUGGGGUUUGGAAGACGAUGACGACGAGGAAGAGGAAAUGUCUGAUCUAACUGAGCGAGAGAAGAAGAAAGAUGAAGUGAUGGUCAUCUCAGACAGUGAAGAAGAAGAAGUUGUGAUUUUGAAUCAAGCAGGCCAAAGCAAAUGCUCGUAAGCCUGAAGAGGAAAACUGAAAGAAAGAAGCCCGUUCCCCGUGUUUGUAACCUCUUAUACUCCAACUCAGUGUUUCCAGCCUCUCAAGAAUAACAAGAAGCUGGCUUUCUCUUCAGUAUCUUCUAGACUGAUCAAAUUGAUCAUUUCUUGUGUAUCAAAACAUUAAGAGUUAAAUAAAUGUUUCCAUUUUUUUUAAUUAAAACUGUUUGAUUCACUGUA